CCUUGAGUGACUGAUAAAUUCAAAGCAGGGUUUUUGUUUCUUGUCUUUCUUUCUUUCUUUCUUUCUUUCUUUCUUUCUUUCUUUGUGUGUGUGCAAGGGGAGGGAGGAUAGGAAUUGGUGGAAGUCAGGAGGAAAAAAAAAAGGGGAACUGGGAAGAAAAGGAGGGGGAAGUUAAAACUUCCUUCCUUCUCUGUCUUCCAUCAGAAAGCCAAACAUGGCAUCUUCCAUGAGGAGCUUGUUUUCUGACCACAACAGAUACGUUGAAUCUUUUCGGAGGUUUCUCAACAGUUCCACGGAACACCAGUGCAUGCAGGAAUUCGUGGACAAGAAGCUGCCAGGCAUAACAGCAAGGAUUGGUGAUAGAAAAUCAGAAAUUAAGAUUCUAAGCAUUGGCGGAGGUGCAGGUGAAAUUGAUCUUCAAAUUCUUUCCAAACUGCAGACUCAAUAUCCAGGAAUUCAUAUCAACAAUGAAGUUGUUGAGCCAAGCGCUGAGCAAAUUGCCAAGUAUAAAGAGCUUGUAGCCAAGACAUCAAACCUCGAGAACAUAAAGUUUGCUUGGCAUAAGGAGACAUCAUCUGAAUAUCAAAAUAGAAUCAGAGAGAAAAAAGAAUUUCAGAAGUGGGACUUUAUUCAUAUGAUUCAGAUGCUGUAUUAUGUAAAAGAUAUCCCAGCUACCCUGAAAUUCUUCCAUAGUCUCCUAGCUACCAAUGCUAAGAUGCUCAUUAUUCUUGUGUCAGGAAACAGUGGCUGGGACAAGCUAUGGAAAAAGUAUGGAACCCGCUUACCUCAGGAUGACCUCUGCCAGUAUGUCACAUCGUCUGACCUCACGCAGAUGCUGGACAAAUUGGGGAUUAAGUAUGAGUGUUAUGACCUUCUGUCCACCAUGGACAUAUCUGAUUGUUUUACUGAUGGCAAUGAAAAUGGAGAACUGCUUUGUGAUUUUUUGACAGAAACCUGCAACUUUAACACAACAGCACCACCUGAUCUCAAAGCAGAAAUUAUGAAAGAUCUGCAAGAGUCUGAAUUCAGUGUAAAGAAAGAGGGAAAGGUUCUUUUUAAUAAUAAUCUGAGUUUCAUAGUGGUUGAGGCAUAAAUAUCAAUCAUGAGAGUGUACUCAAAAAUUAUAUUUUGAAUAAUGUUGAUCAUUUAUUUCUGUAUUAAAAUUACAAACACAUCUUGGUAUAAGUAGAACAUUGUCUCUUAUAUAUAAAAUCUAGAAAAUUCCAAGACAUUCUCAGAUUUCCAUGCAGAAUCCUAUAGGAUACUCUUUGUCUUAUCCUAUCCAUUCUCCCUAUCAAAAGGCCACAUUCAGGUUAAAUACCACAUAAGCUAGAGAAAUGAGACAACUAGUUUCACUGGCUUAUUGACAAGAAAAUCUUUUCCAUUUGUUGAUUAUACUGGAAUUUCCCAAAAUAUUAAUAAAACAUGUACCAUGGAUUCUUUAAAUACUAAAAAGUAUGUACUUGUUGAUAUAUAUGAAAAAGUAUAUGUUUAUUGAUUUUUUCUUCUUUUAUUAAGAAUUAUUUGCCUGUGUACUUUCCUCUAGUAGUUUCUAUCUUGUUUUUAUUGAUUACUAGAUGUAAGCACCUUAGGAUAUUAGAAAAUUCAUUGUCAUGUGUUCCAUUUGCUUCCAUUUUAUUUUCUCUUUUCUCUUUAUUAUCUUUUAUCUUUGACUUUAUAGAUUUUGUUUUUUGAUAUACUGAAUUAUUUUUCUAUUUUAUUCAGUCACAUUUUAAGUUUUUUUUUUCUUUUUUAAUUUCUGGGCUUCUGACACAUUUUUAAAGGCCUUUUUAAAACAAGGCUUUAGAAUAUUUACAUAUUUUAUUAUAAAAAGUUAUAGUUUCACUUUAAAAAAAUAAAUCUUUGGUUAUGUUUGAAAUUUACCUAAGUGUAGAAGUCUGAGAAGAUGGCCGAGUAGAAGGGCUCUAAGAUCACCUAGUCCCACAGUAACUCAUAUCAGCAUAAAAUAACUCAGAAAAUACCCCAAAGACUGGCAGAGAAAAACCCCACAACUAAAGGUAAAGGAGAGGCCACAUGUAAUUGGAUAGGAAGGGUGAAUAUGAGGUGGGGAGCCAAAAGACCCUUGGCUGUCUGCAGUUGAGAGGGAACCAAAGGCAUGGAGAAGGAUGAGAAACAGUUACAUCAGGGAGCCUCCAUGGGGAAGAAGAAUCCCCAAGACAUUCGCCUUUGAAAGUGAAAGGGGCUGAAUUUCAUGAGUUCUUACAAUCAGCAAUAUGUAAAGCCUGAAAUUUUAAAAAUUAGCAGGCUUAGCUCUGGGUAAGUCCAAUGUAUUAUAAGAAACUGAGUUCCUGCCCUUAAAGAACAGCACAACAAAUAGCCCAUGUAAAUACAGCAAAGAAGUAGUAGUUUGAAAAAUACCUGCCAAAACAGAGAGUCCUGUGUGUUUUGGGGGCCUUAUUCCAAGCAACAGGUGACCUCCACAUACACCUGGUUAAAAUUGCACUCCCUGCCCACGUGGCCUUUGCAGAGCAGCACUGGCCAGCUCUGGUCUUCACAGCAACUUCAUGUACCCUAUGGAAGAGAACUAGCACCACCUUGUUAAAAGUGUGUGCUCCACCCACUACUUUCAAGAGCAGGAGAUGUGGCUGACUUUCCUAACACAUAAAAAUAGACAUGGAAGGUUAGACAAAAUAAGGAGACAGAGGAAUAUGUUCCAAAUGAAAGAAGAGAACAAAACCAUAGGAAGAGACCUAAGCAAUACAAAUAUAAGUAAUAUGCCUGAUAGAGAAUUUAAUGAUCAAAAGACAGACACUGGACUUGAGAAAUGAGUGGAGGCAUCAAGAGACCCUUAACAAAGUGAUAAAAAAAGAACCAAUCACAGAUGAAAAAUACAAUAAAUGAAAUUAAAAAUACACUAGAUGGAAUAAAUAGGUUAGAGGAAAGAGAAGAAAAAAUUAAUGACUUGGAAGACAGUAAUGGAAAGCAAACAAGCUGAGGAGGUAAAAGAAAGAAAAUAUACAAAAUGAGAAUUUAGUGACUGCAUCAAGGAUAAUAACAUUUGCAAUAUAGGGAUCCCUAAGAAGAGAAAGAAAAGGGAGCAGAAAAUUUAUUUGAAGGAAUAAUAACUGAAACUUCCUGAAUCUUGGGAAAGAAACAAAAACCCAGAUCCAGGAGGCACAGAUAUUCCCCAAUAAAAUCAACCCAAAGAGGUCCACACAAAGACAGACAAUACUUAAAAUGGCAAAAAGAUGUAAUAAAGACAAAAAAAUUAAAGCAGAAAGAGAAAAGACAAUAAUUUACAAGGGAAAUUCCAUAAGGCUAUCAGUGGAUUAUUUAGCAAAAACUUUUAAGGCCAGAAGGGAAUGGCAUAUAUGCAAAGUGCUGAAUGGGAAAAAUGUACAAUCAAGAAUACUUUAUCCAGAAAGGCUAGCAGUCAGAAUAGGAGGAAGAAUAAGGAAUUUCUCAGACAAAAACUAAAGAACUUCAUGACCGCCAAACCAGCCUUUAACAGUCCCUGUUAAAAGGGGCUACUGCAUAUGACAUGAUACUAUAUAUAACCCUAAAGAUUCCACAAAAAAAUACUAGAACUGAUAAAUAAAUUCAGUAAAGUUGCAGGAUACAAAAUCAAUGUACAGAAAUCUAUUGCAUUUUUAUAUGCUAAUAAUUAUGCAGCAAAAGAGAAAUUAAGGAAACUAUCCCAUUUACAACUGCACUAAAACCAAUAAAAUACCUAGGAAUGAACCUAACCAAAGAGGUGAAAGACCUGUACUCUGAAAAUUAUAAAAUAUUAAUGAAAGAAAUUGAAGAUGACACAAAUAAAUGGAAAGACAUUCCAUGUGCAUGAAUUGGAAGAACAAAUAUUAAAAUGUCCGUAUACCCAAAGCAAUCUACACAUUUAUGCAAUCCCCAUCAAAAUACCAACAGCAUUUUUCAAAGAACUAAAACAAACUAUUCUAAAACUUAUAUGGAACCAGACAAGACCCCAAAUAGCCAAAGCAAUCUUCAAAAGGAAAAACAAAAAUGGAGGCAUCACAGUUCUGGACCUUGAGUUAUAUUACAAAGCAUAGACCAAAACAGUAUGAUACUGACAUAAAAACAGACACAUAUAGAUCAAUGGAACAGAACACCCAGAAAUCAAUCCAUAAGUAUAUGGUCAAUUAAUCUUUGGCAAAGGAGGCAAGACUAUGCAAUGUGAAAAAGGCAGUUUCUUCAAUAAAUUGUGUUGGGAAAACCAGACAACAUACAAAAGAAUGAAACUGGACCAUUUUCUUCUACCAUAAAAAUAAACUCAAAAUGCAUUAAGAACCUAAGUGUGAGACCUGAUACUAUAAAUAUCCUAAAACAUAACACAGCCAGUAAUUUCUCUAACUUCAGCUUCAGAAACAUUUUUCUAGAUAUGCCUCCUGAGGCAAGGAAAAUAAAAGCGAAAACAAACUUGCACUUGACGGGAUGAGCACUGGGUGUUAUUUUGUAUGUUAGUAAAUUGAACACCAAUAAAAAAUAAAUUUAUUAUUAAAAAAAAACUUGGGAUUAUAUUAAAAUAAAACACUUCUGAACAGCAAAACUGGUUAAAAACAACCAACAAGAUUAAAAGACAACAUACUGAAUGGGAGAAUAUAUUUGCAAAUGAUAUACCCAAUAAGGGGUUAGUAUCCAAAAUAUAUAAAAAAUUUUACAACCGCACACCAAAAAAAUUCACUUAACAAAUGAGAAGAUAUGAACAGAUAUUUCUCCAAAGAAAACACAUAUGACCAACACAUUAAAAAAUGUUCAACAUCCCCCAUCAUGAGGGAAAUGCAAAUCAAAACUACAAAAAAUAUUCCUCACACCUGUCAGAACAGCUAAAAUAAAAAAAUAAAUAAAAAUAAAAAAACAUAAAAAACAAGUGUUGACUGGAUGUAGAGAAAAAGGAACCCUAGAGCACCCUUGGUGGGACUGCAAACUGCUGUACUCAUUGUGGAAUACGGUAUGGAGAUUCCUCAAAAAGUUAAAGAGAUAUAUGUACUACUAGGUUUAUUGAAGUAUUGUUUACAAUAGUCGAGAUAUGACAGCAACCCAAGUGUCCAUUGAUUAAUGAAUGGAUAAAGAAGUGAUUUUAUAUAUUUAUUCCAUUAUAUAAUGGAAUAUUAUUGCCAUAAAAAAGAAUGAAAUCUUGCCACUUGCAACAACAUGGAUGGGGCUAGAGAGUAUAAUGCUAGUGAAAUAAGUCAGAGAAAGACAAAUAUCAAAUGAUUUCAAUCCUUUGUGGAAUUUAAGAAACAAAACAAAGGAACAAAGAAAAAGAAAAAAGAGAAAGAGAGACAUAAACUAAGAAACAGACUUUUAAGUAUAGAGAACAAACUGAUGAGGAUUAAAGAGUACACUUAUCAUGAUGAGCCCUGAGUAAUGUAUAGAACUGCUGACUUACUAUAGUGUACACCUGAACUAAUGUAACACUGUAUGCUAACUAUAUUGGAAUUAAAAUUUUAAAACUUAAUUUUAAAAAAAGGAAAUUUACAUAAGUGUAAGGAGUGAAAAAGAGAACAAACUGUUUAUCCUCACAAAGAUAGGUAGCUAUACACAAUUUCCUUGGAGGGAGGGAAACUCCACAGACUUAAAAUGCAUUCUGUAUCACUUAUCAAAUUUCCAGAAAAUCUUGAAUCUAUUUUAAUCCUCUAGAGUCUCUUAUAUUCCUCUAAUAUCUCUUUUAAGAGCAAAAGUCAUUCUUGGACAGGAUUUCAGAGGAUUUUUGAGAGUAUUGAAUGUGUUUUAUCUUUAAUGGUGAACAUCUAUCAUUCUUAUAAAAGCAGUACAUCUCUUUAAAUAAGUAAAUAAUCCAGUAAUUUAUAAUUAAUAAGUAAAGACAUAUUUAAAGUAAGUAAACAAUUACUACUUUCUGUUAGAUACAGAACAACAGUUAGAUUUUACUGAAGAGCUCAUGGACCCUCAUUCUCCCAGGGAUGAAGCCUUCAACAUAGUAGAAGGUAUUCAUAGAAGGUAUUUACUCUUUCACAUUACAGAGCUACCAUUUAACGUUGCAGGAUAAUCACAGAGUUAACACCUCUCCCUAAUCUCCUGCUGAGGCCCAGGAAGUAUACGGGAGUGCACAGCCUAUUUUUGUUAACAAAAGACCAAACUUUGUUGUUCAUUAUGAGUAAAACUGGCUUGCAUUGCCCUCUUUUCUUGGACAACUUCAUCAAUGUUUUCUGAAUUAUCAGUGACAACAAAUGAAAUGACAGUUAACCAAUCAGUUUCCUGAAUAUGAACCCUGAACCAUUAAUCAUACUGAUAUGUACUACUGACAAAGGAAAUCUGUGAGGCAGACAUAAUUGAUGGAUAUGGGCCAUGACGACCUUGAACAACGUCCCCAAAAGGAUAGAAAUCAAGACUCUGUAGAGCAAAUUAUGGCCUUUUCUGAAAAGCACACAUACAAAACAAAACAAGAACUGAAUAAUAUGCUACUUACAGAUAGAAAAGAAUAGUACUCCAUAGAGGGAUAUUUGUAAAAAUGGCCUUUCUCAUCCCUAAAAACAUCACUUACUAAAAAACAAACAAACAAACAAACAAACAAAAAAAAACAAAACAAAAAAAACUUCUCACCUGCUUCAAUUUGUUAAGGUAACGGGAACACUUGAGCCUUUAAAACAAAAAUCCCCAUGAGUACUUACCAGGCAGUGAUAGAAAGUUACAUAGGUACAAGGAAUGAAACUAUUGACUCUUUGAUUUUGUUCUUUUGGUUCAGAAAAAAAGCCUGUAACAUGAAUUUGGAAUGCUAGUUUAUACAAAAUAUUAUUUCCCAGUGUUUAAUAUGGUGCCAUUCAUAUGGGUCCCAAGUAAUGGGUGUUUAGUGAAUGAUUUCUUUCUCAAGCAUUCAUCUUGUAACCAUGUGUUUAUAUUCUUUUUUUUUCUGCCUGUGUGUUUAUAUUCUUACUGAAAGUAUAACUCAAGAACCCAAUAAAAUUCUUUGUUGCCCUUA